CAGGAAUUAUCGAGGGUGCUAAGGAUGGCAAAGGUAGAGGUAAACAGGUUAUUGCUGUGGCUCGUACUUGCAAUUUAAUAUUGAUUGUGUUGGAUGCCACAAGACCUAUGGUUCAUAAAAAAAUCAUUGAAAGAGAACUUGAAGGGUUUGGCAUCAGAUUAAAUAAAUAACCACCAUAAAUAGAAUUCAAGAAACGAGAUAAAGGAGGUAUCACCAUUUCUAGAACACAGGAUGCUCCAAGAUUAGACGAUGAAACAAUUAAAGCCAUCUUACGUGAAUAUAAGAUUAACAAUUGUGACAUCAACCUUAAAUGUGAUGCUACUGAUGAAGACUUGAUUGACAUUAUUGAAGGCAAUCGUAAGUACAUCCCAUGUCUUUACGUAAUGAAUAAGAUUGACGAUAUCACUUUGGAAGAACUCAAUGUUUUGGACAAGAUUCCACAUUACGUGCCCAUCUCUGCCUUUUUGGAAUGGAAUUUGGAUGAAUUAGUGGAAAGAAUUUGGGAUUACUUAGAUCUCAUUCGUAUCUACACUAAACCAAAAGGAUUAGAACCAGAUUACAAUGCUCCUGUUAUUGUGCAAAGAAAGUUUUCAACAAUCACCGAUUUUUGUAAUAAGUUACACAAAAGCAUGAUUAAGGACUUCAGAUAUGCACUAGUUUGGGGAGCUAGUGUGAAAUACAAUCCAUAGAAAGUAGGAAAGGAUCAUUAAUUAUUAGAUGAAGAUAUCGUUUAAAUUGUUAAAAAAAUCUGA